GGUGCCUGAGUUGCUAGGCAACUGUACCGACGCCGGAAGUGCGUGGCAACGAAAGACAUGGCGAACAAGAGGGGAACAGCUGUGUCUGCUCCCUUUCAUGAUAUUUUACGAUAUAAUUUAGUAUUAAUCCUUGCUGUUUUAUCCUAUAAAUUCACUUCGGCUUCAGAGGACGAUGCAUUUCGUGCCGGGCAGUCGAUAUUGUCUCCGGUGGCUGCAGCAUCACGGGAUGUUCGAUAUCUCCUAUAUGAUGUAAAUCCACCCGAGGGCUUCAAUCUUCGCCGAGAUGUGUACAUUCGCAUGGCCUCUUUGCUGAAGACACUGAGGAAAGAGGGCGACUGGGUGCUAGUGCUGCCUCCAUGGGGUCGCCUGUAUCACUGGCAGAGCCCUGAUAUACAUCAGGUUCGCAUCCCGUGGGGGGAAUUCUUCAGCAUAACCAGCCUGCAGGCUAACAUACCAGUCAUUGAGUAUGAGGAGUUUAUUGCUGAGUCUGGGGGUCCCUUCAUUGACCAGAUCCUUGUGCUGCAGAGCUAUGCAGAGGGCUGGACAGAUGGGAAAUGGGAGGAGAAGGUGGAUGAACGACCGUGCAUCGAAAAGCUAAUGUACUCCAAAGACAAACAGGGUUAUUACAGAGGUUGGUUUUGGGGUUAUGAGGAGACCAGAGCAUUGAAUGUCACCUGUUUAUCUUCUCAGGGACAUGCCUCUAUCUUGGCUCCUGUCUUACAAAAUAACUUAACCACCACGUCAGUAAUGCUGGACCGAGCUGAAACUGUCCUUCAUGAUCACUAUGCUGGGAAGGACUACUGGGAUACACGGCGAAGUAUGGUGUUUGCCAAACACUUGCGUAUCAUAGGAGACGAGUUUAGGGCCAAGUAUCUCAACUCCACAGACAAACAGGACCAGACGCCGUACAACGAAGACUGGACCCGAAUGAAAAACAGGCUGGGCAGUGCUAAGGGAGGCCCUUACCUGGGAGUCCACUUGCGUAGGAAAGACUUCAUCUGGGGGCACAGAGAAGAUGUGCCCAGCCUCAAAGGAGCAGUGAAGAAGAUCCGUAGUCUCGUGAAGAAGCACAAGCUACAACAAGUCUUUGUUGCCACUGAUGCAGACGGAGAAGAGCUAGCUAAACUGAAAAGGAUGCUACCUGAGAUGGUACGAUACGAGCCCACCUGGGAGGACCUGGAGCUCUUGAAGGAUGGAGGGGUGGCCAUCAUAGACCAGUGGAUUUGUGCUCAUGCGAGGUAUUUCAUUGGGACAUCAGUUUCAACGUUCUCUUUCAGAAUACACGAGGAAAGGGAGAUACUAGGUUUCGAUCCUAAAACCACCUAUAACCGAUUCUGUGGCGACGACGAGAAAGAUUGUGAACAACCAACACACUGGAAAAUUGUCUACUGAUCACACAGAAAACUUGAUGCUGGUUAUACAGACUGUAUUAAUUCUCAGAUUUAAGAGGAUCCUCUAUAUUUUUUGAUGUUUUUGCUGACUAUGUUGAAAAUACAAUCUUAGAAAGGAAUAUUUCAUGAAAAUGUACUCCCCUUCAAGCCAUCCAAGAUGUAGAUGAAUUUGUUUCUUCAUCAGAAAAGAUCAGGAGAAAUUUAGCAUUAUUUCACUUGCUCACUUGUGGCUCCUCUGCAGUGAAUGGAUGCCAUCAGAAUAAAAGUUCAAACAGCUGAUUAAAAUCAUCACAGUAAUGCACAAGAAAUCCACACAUUUCCAGUAUAUCAAUUAACAUUUUGUGAAGAAAAAAGUGUUUUUUGUAAGAAACAAAUCUAUCUUUGAGAUGUUUUUAAACUUCAAACUGUUGUUUACAGCAAAAAACUGCUUCUAUCCACAAUAUUGGUUUCUCCAGUAAAAUUUCGGAUGGCCUGAGGGUGAAUCAUUUUUCAGCAAAUUUUCAUUUAAGGAUAUACUAUUUGUCUAAUGGCAGAGCCAAUCGGUUUUCAUUGUGUUACAAGUUAGGCCUUUGUAAGUUAAGGAAGGUAAGGUGAGACAUAAGUGGAAUAUAUCAAAUGGCUUUUUGUAUUUUGUGUCAGAUGUGGAAUUUAUGUAUGCUGCUGCUCUGUUCUCACAGUUCUUUGAUUUGGAUUGUUGAUACUCAAGAUGAACUGUGUAUAACACUGUGAUCAAACCUUUUAUGAAAAUGGUCAACAUGAUUUUUCACCCCUGUUCUUGUCUUUGAAGUGCUACUUGCCAAUGGUUUUUGUCUCAACACAUUUUAUGCCUUUGACAAAUAACAUUUAUGAACAUCCAGUGUUAGUGUUUGUUUGAUAUUUCUGUCAGUAUUGUGCCUGUCUGUUAUUUGGACAAACAAAAAUAGUGCUUUCACAGACUUUGCCGUACAGUAUUUUUACACUUAGUAGUGUUUUUUUCCUUUCAUGAGAUGAGGUAAAAGAUUCCGGGAGGUGUAACAAAGCAUGUUUCUAAAAAUGCACUCGGUAAAGAUGAGCAUCUGGAAUGGAAGCAUUAACUUUGUCUUCAUAACUUGAUGACAAGCAGUGAGAGGGUUUUAUUUUGUAUAUUUCUUUUGUUGUUCAGAAAUGUAAAUGUAUGUUCACCAUUACCAUUCAAAUAUGUACUGUAUAUUCAUCUGGGCAGUUUUUCUAUAAAUGCUUUCUUGAAGUUUUUUCUAAAUUAAAUUUUAAUGA